AUGGCAGUGCCCGCAGAGGUGGCCAGAGAGCUCCAGCAGGAGCUGACCUGCUCCGUGUGCAUGGAGUUCUACACCGACCCGGUGACGGUGGGCUGCGGGCACAGCUUCUGCCGCCUGUGCCUCGCCAGGUGCCGGAAGACGCUGUGCCCGGAAUGUCGCGGGCCCCUGGAGGAGGGGGAGCUGCGGCCUAACCGACGCCUGGGGAAGCUAUCAGAGAUCGGUAGACGGCUCGGCCCCCAGCUGCUGCAGAGCGCCGAGCCCAAGCCCAUGUGCCCGAGGCACCAGAAGCCCCUGAAGCUCUUCUGCCAGGAGGACGAGAGCUCGAUCUGUGUGGCGUGCUACCAGGACCCCGAACAUGAUCAGCAUAGCGUCUGGCCCCUAGACGAAGUGGUCGACUCCUACAGGGAGAAGUUCCAGCAGAUUCUCAAACAACUGUGGAAAGAGAUGGAGGAAGUUCAAGCAGUGCUGGGCCAGGAGAGGCAGAAAUCCAAGAGGCGGAAGGUGGAGGUCCAGAGCUGGAGGCAGAGCCUGGAGUCUGAGUUUGCAAAGAUGCACCAAUUCCUGGAGGAGGAGCUGGAGCAGAGGCUGCGGAGGCUGCAGGAAGUCGAGGCGAAGAACGCAUGGAUACUCUCGAGGAAUGAGGAGCGUCUGGCCAAGCAGAGCCUCGCGCUGUGGGCCGCCAUCACCGACUUGGAGGGCCGGUGUCAGCACGAGGCCUCCGAACUGCUGCAGGAUGUGAAAGGAACGCUAAGAAGAGCUCUGUCGAAGCUGCAGCAGAAGCCAGAAGCCGCGUCCUUGCAGCUGUGUGCCUUCUGCCUCCCGGGCAUGAGGGAGAUUCUCAGCAGAUACGAAGUGGCUGUGACCAUGGACCCUUCCACAGCCAGCCUAUGGAUUGCAGUUUCAGAAGACCUGAAGAGUGUGAGGUUUGCAGAGCGCCAGCAGGAUGCGGUGGACUUGGAAGGCCGAUUCACCAACUGCGCUAGUGUGCUGGGUGCCGAGCGCUUCUCUGAGGGCCGACAUUAUUGGGAAGUGGAGGUGCAGCCCGGCGCCGAGUGGGAGGUGGCCGUGUGCAAGGAGUCCAUGAGCCGGGAGCGGGCCACCCCGGUGGACAAAGGGGACAUCUUCUCACUGCUGGCCGUGGACGACGAGGUCACCUACAGCAUGUGCACUGCCUUCCCCUGGAUCCAGCACCCGGGCCAUCUACGGGCCCGGCGGAUUGGGGUCUUCUUGGAUUAUGAGGCCGGGGUGGUCUCCUUCUACAACGUCACAGAUACCUGCCUCAUCUUCAGCUUCCCACCGACUCAGUUCUCUGAGCCCCUGAGGCCCCUCUUCUCGCCCAGCCUCCGGCCAGGUGGGACUUACUCUGCGCCCCUGACCAUUGUCCCAGUCAAUGGCCUUGGGUGAAGGCUGGGUGGCUCCUCUGCACCCCCCUUUCCCCUCUCCCCCCACCCCACCAGCUCU